AUGGGCCAUAACGAUACAUAUGAUGAUCUUCAGAAGGCAGAACUAGGAUACGCAGACGAUGCUGAACAGGCCAUUCACAGAAUGCAAAUUGCUUCAAAUAUUGCCAAUAUUCUAGCAAAACAGGAGCUCAUUGCCAAACUGGGUAAAGCUCUUGUUAUGACGGGUGCACCCGCACAUAGAAUUGAUUCUGCCAUGGAUAAGCUCAGUCAGAGAUUGGAAGUGGAUGGCAGUUAUGUCGUUCUGCCUGGUACAAUUAUCGCCACCUUCAAUGAUAUCCAUACACAUACCUCCGAUACACAAGUUAUUCGUUGCCCCAGAUCACUUGAUAUAGACAAGUUAGAAAAAGCAAAUAUAAUUGCAUACAAAACAGCUAAAGGUCAACUUGGUAUUGAGGAAGCAAAUCGCCAACUCGAUGACAUUAUUGAGGGUCCACCUACAUAUGGUUUUUGGGUGACAGUUCUUGGUUAUAUAAUGACUUCUGCUUUCAGUGCUUGCUUAUUUUAUAACGGCUCCUGGACUGACUGUUGGAUUAGUGCCAUUUUUGGUCUUGUCGUCGGUGUUUUGACUUUCAUUUCUGAAAAGAUGCCCAUGUUUGCUAACGUUUUCGAAAUGCUGGUUACUAUUCCUAUUGCUAUCGUUUGCCUGGCCAUCCAACCUCAUAUAUGUUUUGCUUCUGUUGCUAUGGCGGCCAUUAUCAUCCCAUUACCUGGUUACUCGCUAACGUGUGCUGUAAUGGAAUUGGCAGCUAGAAAUUUAACCAGUGGUGUGACGCAUUUCGUGUACGCUCUUGUCUAUUGUAUGUUUUUGGGUUUUGGGCUUGGUUAUGGUUGUGCUAUCUGGAAAUUAGCUCAUCCUGACUUCGCUUUGGAUGUAUUGGGAGCUUGUCAACAUCCUCUGAGCCCUUGGUGGAUGUUCUUGAACACGCCAUUGGCAACGAUUGGCUACGGUUUUGUUUAUGGUGCUAAAACAAGACACGUUUUGGAAAUGUGUGCAAAUAGUGCUAUCUCUUACGCAGUUUAUUAUUUCGUUGGUCUCUAUGUCGGUAGCAACUCUGUUAUUACACCUAGUGCCGGCGCCUUUGCUGUCGGUAUUGCUGGUAACUUGUAUUCCCGUAUCUGUAAGAAGCUUGCCUUCGUCCCUAUUAUGGGUGGCAUUAUUGUUCUGGUACCCGGUAGUCUUGGUGUGAAAGGCGUCAUUCACAUGUUUGAUGGUUCGAGUCUGAAUAGUGGUGCUGAAUUUGCAAAUCAAGUGUUUGUCGUUGCUUUGUCCUUGACGAUGGGCCUGUUUACGGCCAACCUAAUUGUUUAUCCGAAGGGCAAAAAGAGGGCAGCUUUCCUCGGUUACUGA